AUGGAGAAGAAAACAAUAAAGAAAAAUAUGGAUGAACGAGACAUUUCAUUUUCAAGGCUUGAAUUAGGAUUGGAAAUUUGGUGCAUUGAGAAUCUCAGGCCGGUCCUGGUUCGGAAGUCCUCACAUGGAAAGUUCUUAUCUGGAAGUGCAUAUAUAGUCUUGAAUACGGCUAUGCUUAGAAGUGGAAAUUAUCAGCAUGAUAUACAUUACUGGGUGGGGAAAGAUGCUGAGGAGGAUGACUCCACUAUGGCUUCAGAUAAAGCCCUUGAGUUGGAUGCAGUAUUGGGAUCUCGUGCUGUCCACUAUAAGGAGGUUCAAGGAAAUGAAACGGAGAGGUUCUUGUCCUAUUUUAAACCUUGCAUCAUACCUAUUGAAGGUGUUUUCACUUCAGAACUACAAGGUGAUAGGAAUGGUGCAUACCGAAUUACAUUGCUUGCUUGCAAGGGGGAUCAUGCUAUACAUGUCAAGGAAGUCCCCUUUUCCCGGUCCUCUUUGAACCAUAAUGACGUUUUUAUACUGGACACAGACUCAAAAAUUUUUCUUUUUAGCGGUUGUAAUUCCAGCAUACAAGAAAGGGCCAAAGCUUUGGAAGUUGUUCAGUACAUAAAUGAGAACCAGCAUGGGGGAAGGUGUAAAGUGGCAACUAUAGAGGAUGGAAAAUUUGUUGGUGAUUCUGAUGCUGGAGAAUUCUGGAGCUUAUUUGGUGGUUAUGCUCCCAUUCCACGGGAAUCACCUAAUACCAAGCAGGAUGAAAAGCCUUCAGCUGCAAAACUUUUUGGGGUUCAUAAAUGCAAGUUGCUUCCUCUUGAUUCACCUUCUUUGGCUAAGGGGUUAUUGAGCUCUGAUAGGUGCUAUCUGUUGGAUUGUGACGCUGAAAUCUUUCUAUGGAUGGGAAAGACUACAUUGGUCAGCGAAAGGAAGGCGGCUAUUUUGGCCGUGGAAGAAUUUAUGCACUCUCAGGAUAGACCUGUGAGCAUCCAUACAACCUUCUUGACUGAGGGAUCUGAAACUGUUAAAUUCAAGUCAUAUUUCAAAGAUUGGCCGCAAAACACAGCACCCAGCUUGUAUAUAGAAGGCAGAGGAAAAGUAGCAGCUAUAUUCAAGCAUCAGGGAUAUGAUGUGAAGGAAAUCCCUGAGGAUGACUAUCAACCAAUAAUAGACAGCAAUGGCAUGCUUAGAGUUUGGCGGGUUAAUUGCCAUGAUAUCACCCCACUUUCAUCAACAGAACAGGCCAUGCUUUACAGAGGAGACUGUUACAUUGUCAAGUAUACCUAUUCUGAAAAUGACAAGGAUAAUAAUCUAUUUUAUGCAUGGCUAGGAUCGAACAGCACAUCGGAAGAUAGAGUUGAUGCGAUCUCCAUAAUGACAAGAAUGACACAAUUAAUCAAGGGUUCUUAUGUCAUGGCUCAAAUUUGUGAAGGUAAAGAGCCACCGCUCUUCUUCUCGAUUUUCCAGUCUCUCAUUAUUUUAAAGGGAGGAUUGAGUUCAGGAUAUAAACUGUUCUUAUCGGAACAAGGUAUCGCCGAUGAAGCUUUUGACAAAGAUAAAAUAGCUUUAUUUCGAGUUCAGGGGUCCAGCCCUAGUAACAUGCAGGCCAUCCAAGUUGUUCCUGUUUCUUGUUCACUCAAUUCCUCCUACUGCUAUAUAUUACAAGAUCAAACAUCUUUCUUCACAUGGUUCGGGAGCCUUUCAUCAACUACAGACCAUGAUCUUGUUGACAGGUUGUUAGACCAGCUAAAUCCACUCAAACAUUCUACAUCAGUGAGGGAAGGAAAUGAACCAGAUAUCUUCUGGAACAUAUUAGGAGAGAAGAUGGAUUAUCCGAAGGAAAAGGUUAUCAAGGAACAUGUUGAAGAUCCACACUUAUUUGCUUGCAUCCUUGAAGAAGGUGAUUUCAAGGGGAAGGAGAUAUUUAAUUUUACACAAGAUGACUUAACAACAGAAGAUGUGCUAUUACUAGACUGUCACAGUGAGAUUUAUGUCUGGGUUGGCCAACAUGCGAGCCUUGUUUCACCAGAGAAAGCCCUUACUUUAGGCAAGAAAUUUCUGGAGGCAGACAUUCUGCUUGAAGGAUUACUGCAGGAAUCAGCUAUAUAUGUUAUCCCGGAAGGAAACGAACCUCCAUUCUUCACUCGUUAUUUUGAGUGGGAUACCUCAAAAUCAAAUAUGCAUGGUAACUCAUUUGAGAAGAAGCUGGCCAUUGUGAAAGGCUCAACACCAAUUACAGAGGUUAGUUUUGGAGUUUGCUUGCUGUUCUUGUUAGUUCAUAUCCAGUUUAUGCAUAGUUCUAAAAAAUAUUAAAGGUUCAGAAGGUGC